UAAUGAAGGUCCGGUGAUUCCUGACUCAGAAUCGAGUUUGAGCGCCACCAAAGACCUAGUGUACUAAUUAAAUUGUUGCAUUUUAUAAUUUAAAAUGGGUGUUAUAUUUAAAUUUGUUGUUGCUUUAGUGGCUGUGAAUUUUGUUAACUGUGCAGUGAUACCGGGUGUGGAUAAAUGCAACCUCGAAGACUCGUCAUGCAUGACUCCAGCGUUCCAGAAGGCCUUCCCUCUGUUCAUGGCCGGCCUGCCCGAGCAAGGUGUUGAGGUGCUAGAUGUUAUGAACAUGGACGAUGUGGCUUUCGACUUGUCCGGCCUCCAGUUCAGCCUGAAGGAAGGAAAACUGAAGGGCUUGAAGACUGGAGUUGUUGAUCACGUGAAAUGGAAUCUCCAAAAGAAGACCCUGGCGGUAUCUUUCCAUCUGGAUUCAACAAUCAAAGGACACUACGUCGCAUCCGGAAGGAUUUUGAUCCUGCCCAUCACUGGUGAUGGACAGAUGAAACUGAAAAUGAAAAACAUCCUCAUCAAGCUGCUCAUGCACUACGAAGUGGAAAAGGACGCGCAAGGCAAGGAACACAUGGUUCCCACCAAGUAUUCCUUCGACUUCGACGUCAGGGACAACGCGCACUUCAGUCUUACCAACCUCUUCAAUGGAAACAAGGAACUGAGUGACGCCAUGUUGAAAUUCUUGAACGAGAACUGGAAGCAGAUCUCCAUCGAAUUCGGUCGCCCUCUCGUGGACUCCGCGUCGAAGAAAAUCUUCAAAAACGUGAAAGCAUUCUUGCAAAGCGUGCCGAUACACGACAUUGCACAGCUUUAACUUGUUUUUUUAAUGUAAUGUUAUAAACGUUGCUGUGAUUAUUAAAAAUGUUGAAGAUA